AUGUAACUAUAUUCCAAAACAAGUUAAAUUACUCCGUAUUUGGUUCAUUUGUUAAAUUCAUUUGAAUUGGGCAUUUGUACCAUCUGAGGGUAAGCCGUACUGGGUGGGAGUUGAGGCUUUCUUGCAGAGCAAUUCAACCCUCCUUUUUCUUCUUCUUCUUCGUAUAACCCCCCAACUCAGCCUUCCACCCCAACCCUAGCCUCCCAAUUCCCCUUCUCCAUUGCUAUCUAUGGCUAGCCAACAAGCGGUUUCCCUACUGACAAGCCUUGGCCGCGCCGCCUUCGGUCUCGGAGUGGGCGCGACGGUGCUCGCCUCCUCGAUGUACACCGUCGAUGGCGGCCAGCGCGCCGUGAUUUUCGACCGGGUCCGCGGAGUGAUCGACCAGACCACCGGCGAGGGGACUCAUUUCCGGGUGCCGUGGCUCCAGAAGCCGAUCGUCUUCGACAUCCGCACCAGGCCUCACACCUUCUCCUCCGUCUCCGGGACCAAGGAUCUGCAGAUGGUGAACCUCACUCUCCGGGUCCUCUCCCGCCCCGAAAUCUCCCGCCUCCCCCACAUCUUCCAGAACCUAGGCCUGGAGUAUGACGACAAGGUUCUCCCUUCCAUCGGAAACGAGAUCCUGAAAGCUGUGGUGGCCCAGUUCAAUGCGGACCAGCUCCUCACCGAGCGUCCCCAGGUUUCUGCCCUGGUUCGGGAAAGCUUGACCCACAGGGCCAAGGACUUCAACAUUCGAUUGGAUGAUGUCGCCAUAACCCACUUGUCAUAUGGCCCAGAGUUCUCUAAGGCCGUGGAGCAGAAACAGGUGGCCCAGCAGGAGGCUGAGCGGUCCAAGUUCGUCGUUAUGAAGGCGGAACAGGAGCGCAGGGCUGCUAUUGUCCGGGCAGAGGGUGAGAGUGAGUCUGCAAAGCUGAUUUCAGAUGCUACUGCCGCCGCUGGCACAGGGCUUAUUGAGCUCAGAAGGAUUGAGGCCUCAAAGGAGAUUGCUAGCACCUUGGCUAAGAGCCCUAACAUCCAGUACCUGCCUAAGAACAACAAUUUGCUCCUUGGGCUCAGCCGUUGAGUGGUCGACUACAAACGGGGAUGCUUUACUGCUUGCACACCAAGACGGAUACGUAUGCGACCUCGUUUCUUUUGCAGCUAGUCUUCAGUCAGUAUGAGAGAGAACACUCUGUAGAUCUUAAUCUGAACAUCUCCUUUUUGUCUUUCUUUCUGUUCUUCAUUUUGUUGCAAUUCUUGGACCAGUGAAUGUUUUCUCUUAUUUGCAAGAAAAGAGAGCUUUAAAUAGAUCUUACAAUGACUAUUAAGAAAUGGUGGGUGAUUUAAAUGCUUGCAUAAUAGCAUUUGGCUUAGGAUAAAAAUG